AUGUCGCUGCCCGCUUACCGACACCUCUGGCGCGCGGCGCGAAUCGCAUUCAAGGGCGAUGACCGAGUCCUCACAGCAGCGCAACAGCAGAUACGGCAAGGUUUUAGAGAUCAAGCAACACUCAAGCCGACAGACCCUUCCUACAGCUCCGCCAUCCAGAAAGCUGAAGAUAUUGCUAAGAUCCUAAGAGAAAAUGUAGUUCAGGGAAAGCAGGAUGAUUCUCGUGUCUUCAAGUUGCGCAUUCAUGAGGACACCGAACGUGGAGACAACGACUCGAUUAAGAUGGCCGGUGGCGGGUCGGCAACAAUGGGCGGGUGUGGCUGCAGUUGA